AUGACUAAACUAAUUAUUAUCUUUGUUAUACUGCUAACAUUUGGUAGUUUCAUUGUUAACUCGGAAUCUAUUCUCAAUCUAACACCUGAUGAGAAAGAAUUAUUAGAAAAAGUAAUCAAUCUAAAACGUGUACUAAGUACUCAAGGUCAAAAUAUUGUAAUAGACGGAGUUUCUGGACAACCAAGAGAGAAAAUAAUCCCAAUCAGUGUUAUUAACAAUCCUGGAUUAUUGGAUUUGAUUAUCGGACCAAAAGGUAUCUUGGGUGGAAUUCUUGGUAGUGGUGGUUUACUCGAUGGUUUGCUCGGACAAGGUGGUUUGAUUCAGACCAUCUUAACAGCAGUGAUCGAUUUAGUCAGCAAAGAACUUCAGGCCCUCUUACGACCACUUGCUUUGACACCUAGACAAGGAGCAUCCAAUGCCCCGAUAUUGCCAUUCCCUGUUAACCCUGCAUCGGGUGGUAUCUUUAUAGGUAACCCUUUCCAAACCGCUGGAAAUGCCGUAAUCCCACCAACCAUUCCAAAUCAAAAUCAGUCGCCAGCCGACAACACUCCCAAAAGAAGUGAACACACCACCAAAGUUUACCAUUGGAGCAUCGGUCCCACCAAAAUUUAA